AUGGUGUCCAUUAAACAAAAUAUACCGCUCAAGAAAAAAAAAAACAAUUCUAAAAGUAACUCCAAAGUUAAGAAACUCAAAAAUGAGAAACCGAAGAAAGCUGAAGUUGCGAAACUUUCCAAACUUGAAUCCGUCGUAAAAAACUUACAGCCAGUGAAACCAGAACACCUUGAAGUGAAAAAGAAGGUUUCCCAGAGAAUAAAGGGAAAAUAUAAAAUGCCUUCAAAGGCAAUUUCUGAAGAACUUAUAAACACGUGUCUAAACGCUCUACUUAACGUUAUUGUGUCAGAUGAGAAACAAAAGAAUGCCCUAUUUGAUGACGAGAAGCCUAUAUUUGCCGAAAUUCAUUGCAUCAAAAUUCAAAACACUAGAGGCAAUAUAAAAUUCCUUUUACCUCAUAGCACAGUUCCUUCAACUGGUGAAAUAUGCUUAGUUACUCCAGACAUAAAGAAAGGAAGAAAACAUGAUCAUGAGCCUACAAUUGACCGCUGGGAAGAAAUUCUCAGAAAAGGUGGUGUAACACAGGUAAAAACUAUUCUACCAGUUAGACAGCUCCGAGUAGAAUAUGAUCAAUAUGAAUUAAAACGCAGAUUGUUAACGCAGCAUGACUUCAUAAUGGUAGACACAAGAGUGCUCAAUCAUGUUUCACAUCUCUUGGGAAAAAUGUUUUUUAAAAAACAUAAUAUGCUUAUACCUGUAAGACUAAACGAAACUCAGAAUGUAAAAAAGUCUAUUGACACAGGUCUACGCACUGCAAUUAUGCGUUUAGGUGAAGGGGAAACAGCAACUAUCACUGUAGGACAUACUGCUAUGCCUCAGGAGAAAGUAAAAGAUAAUAUAUUAGCCUUGGUGCAACAACUACAGGCUAAGUACCCAGGUGGAGAAGCAAAUGUGAGGGCUAUAUCAAUUAAAUUACCUCUAUCAAUAUCAUUACCAUUGUAUCUCACUUUGAGACCAUCAAACACGGUCAAACCACCAAAACUAAGUCAAAAGAGACCUAAACAUUAUACUGUGUUAGAAGAUGAGUUAUCUACAAUGCCUGGUAGACAAGUCAGAGUAGCACCUGAUGGCACUGUCCAAUUAAAGAAACAAAAAAAGAACCCUAAAGUCAGCAAAAAGGAUGAUAUUGUAAGUGAAAUAACAAAGGAAGAAGAAAAUGAUAAUGAGGAAUCGGAUCAAGAAGAUGAAGAAUCAAAUGCUUCAGAUUAG